CAGGUCCCAGGGCUGGCUCCAGAGGGGGCGAGUCUCCCGGGGGUCGGACGGGCUCAGACACAGUCCCGGCGUGUGGCUACCGCGGGCAGAGGGGUUUGCGCUGUUCAUUCAAUCGCUCAGCCGCGGGCGGUUCCCAUUGCGGGAAAUGACCCACGCUGCAUCCAGAGUUGGGGGUUUGUCUACGACAAGAAAAGUUAAAUGGAGACGCUCAUUGACAGCCUCGUUUCAAUAGACGGAUUGAUCUCCGGGCAGGUCUGCGUUCCAGGCAGGAGAGCGGGUAACGCACCCGCUGGCAAGCUGCGCGCAGCAAACCAUUGCAUUACAUUUGGAUUUUCUGAAAAACAGACUUUUUUCCCCAUGAAUGCAAGAAAAGACUCUCAGGAGAACAGCAGAAUGAGAUCCUUCAAAGUGCCACAUGUCUGCACAGCAUUAUCCUUAGUAAUGCUGUUCCUUUCAGUCACUGGAACUUCAAAGCAAAAUAUCCCAAGACUUAAACUUUCCUAUAAAGACUUGCUGCUUUCAAACAGCUGUAUCCCAUUCCUGGGCUCAGCGGAGGGGUUUGAUUUUCGGACCCUGCUGCUAGAUGAGGAGAGGGGCCGGCUGCUAAUCGGAGCUAAAGACCACAUCUUUCUGCUCAGCUUGGUUGAUUUAAACAAAAAUGUAAAAAAGAUUUACUGGCCUGCAGCAAAAGAGAAGGUGGAAGUAUGCAAACUAGCUGGGAAAGAUGUCCAGACAGAAUGUGCAAAUUUUAUCAGGGUUCUUCAACCCUACAACCGGACCCAUGUUUAUGUCUGUGGCACAGGAGCCUUCCACCCUAUCUGUGGAUACAUUGAACUUGGAAUAUACAAAGAGGAAAUGGUAUUCAGACUGGACACUCAGAACCUGGAGUCUGGCAGGUUGAAAUGUCCUUUUGAUCCUCAUCAGCCGUUUGCUUCAGUAAUGACAGAUGACUACCUCUAUGCUGGAACAGCUUCUGAUUUCCUUGGCAAAGAUACAGCUUUAACACGUUCUCUGGGCCCAUCUCACGACCACCAUUACAUCAGAACUGACAUUUCCGAACAUUACUGGCUUAACGGAGCAAAAUUUAUUGGAACCUACCCCAUCCCGGACACAUACAACCCAGACGACGACAAAAUCUAUUUCUUUUUCCGAGAAAUAUCUCAAGAUAGCAGCACGUCUGACAAAGCGAUCCUUUCCCGAGUUGGAAGAAUUUGUAAGAAUGAUAUGGGAGGUCAACGGAGCCUAAUAAACAAGUGGACAACUUUCCUGAAAGCAAGACUGGUGUGCUCAAUACCUGGCCCUGAGGGAGCAGACACACACUUUGAUGAGCUACAAGAUAUAUUCUUACUUUCCACAAGAGAUGAGAGAAACCCUCUAGUAUAUGGAGUCUUCACUACUACAAGCUCUGUAUUCAAGGGCUCUGCAGUUUGUGUGUACAGCAUGGCUGAUAUCAGAGCUGUUUUCAAUGGCCCUUACGCUCACAAAGAAAGUGUGGAUCAUCGAUGGGUACAAUACGAAGGACGUAUCCCAUACCCCCGGCCUGGUACAUGCCCAAGCAAAACUUACGACCCGUUGAUUAAAUCUACCAGAGAUUUUCCAGAUGAUGUCAUUAGUUUUAUAAAACGCCAUCCAUUGAUGUACAAGUCGGUUUACCCGGUGACUGGAGGACCUGUAUUUACUAGAAUCAAUGUGGACUACAGGCUGACGCAGAUUGUGGUGGAUCAUGUCAUGGCGGAAGAUGGGCAGUAUGAUGUUAUAUUCCUAGGCACAGACACAGGAACGGUACUGAAGGUUGUGAGUAUUACAAAGGAGAAGUGGACUAUGGAGGAGGUAGUACUGGAAGAGCUGCAGAUUUUCAAGCAUCCAUCAUUUAUCUCAACUAUGGAGAUGUCCCUGAAGCAGCAACAAUUGUACAUUGGUUCCAAAGAUGGAUUGGUUCAGCUCUCCCUGCACAGAUGUCACACGUAUGGGAAGGCUUGUGCAGACUGCUGCCUUGCCAGAGACCCAUACUGCGCUUGGGAUGGAAACUCAUGUUCCAGAUAUGCACCAACUUCUAAAAGGCGAGCCAGGAGGCAAGAUGUCAAAUACGGAGACCCAGUCGCCCAUUGCUGGGAUGUGGAAGAAAGCAUUAGUCAUGAAACUGCUGAUGAAAAGGUGAUUUUUGGCAUUGAAUUUAAUUCAACUUUUCUGGAAUGCAUUCCUAAGUCCCAGCAAGCCUCUAUUAGGUGGUAUAUUCAACGCUCUGGAGAAGAACAUCGAGAAGAGCUGAAGGCUGACGAGAGGAUCAUCAAAACGGAAUAUGGGCUGCUGAUCCGCAGCCUGCAGAGAAAGGACACAGGGGCGUAUUACUGCAAAGCACAGGAGCACACGUUCAUUCACACCAUCGUGAAGUUAAAUUUGAACGUCAUAGAGAACGGGCACAUGGAAAGCACUCAGAAAACGGAGGAUGAAGAGGGACGGGGGAGAGAUUUGCUUACUGAGUCGCGGCUGAGGUACAAGGAUUACAUCCAACUCGUCAGCAGCCCCAGCUUCAGCCUGGAUGAGUAUUGUGAACAGAUGUGGCACCGGGAGAAGCGGCGGCAGCGGAACAAAGGUGGGGCAAAAUGGAAGCACAUGCAGGAGAUGAAGAAAAAGCGAAAUCGAAGGCACCAUGAACCUGUCAGCAGCCCACAUGCCAGGCCUACAUCUACGUAGUUUUAUAGUCUAUUUAAAGAAAGGACGUUUAACAUGCAAAAAUACUGUGUUCUGUUUUGUGCAUCCUUCCUAUUAAUUAAUAUUGCUUCAUACUGAGAUUAGAUAACGCACCGUCAUUAUGGGUCUGUACAGGACUGCACUGUAAUACUGGAAUAUUAUAGCAAAUGACAAAUUCCUUAUUUGAGCACCGCACUCAAGGCAAUAAUUCCAAAUCUGGGUUUUUUCCCAGAAAUUCAGAUUUUGUAGCUAACACUUAGUGAGAAGCUGAUUCAUGACAUAUGUCAUGUGGGUGUUCCAUGGCUUCCCUGGCAUAAUUUUUAUAUGAGAUUUAAAGUCUGUGUUACAGUGCAUUAUUAAUUGACUGCUACAUUCCACCCGAGAGUUGGCUGCAGUUCAGGGGUAUGUAGAUGUAUUUGUAAAAGUGCUUGGGGUCUUGUAAGGAUGGGAGGUGCCAUAUAGAUACAGGCCAUUUUGUGAUAGAUCUGCAAAACUAUACUAAAUUACCCAUUGGACAUAUAUUUAGGUACAUGGGUGGCAUUUGCUAACACAGAGAAGCAAAGCAAAAAAUCAAAUUAAAUAUAAGCUUAGCAGUAACACUUGUUUUCCCCUUUAAAAAUGUGAUCACAUUUUAAGAGGAGGAAAUGUAGAGCUUUAUUCAUUAGGACAAAAGCAGCCUCUAGUUUGCAGUCCAUCUGCUGAAAUGUAAUGUUGACUCAAAUUGAAACUGCCAGCAAGAUACUGGAGAGUAAAUUUCGUAAGAAGCACGUGGGAGGUACGUGCACAAACCCUAUUAACAAAUAAUGGGAUUUCUGCCUUCACCUCUAUUGUCUUGCUGAAGAUUUUACCCUGAAUGUCUCCACUCACCUCUACAACUCUAACCCCCGACUGGCUUCAUUUUCUGGAGUAUGGUUAGUUUGUUGUGGAAAAAAAGAGGAGCGGAGAACACAUACGCACAAAAACCCUCCCAAACUUGAUGACAAAAGACAAUGAGGGAAACAUAUUUGGUGACAGACAGAAACUGACAGUGCUCUUACGCCAGGUAUAACAAUGGGCAGAGAGCAGACAUUCCUCAGACUUGUGUAUUUGUUUUAUAAAAGCUCUUGUGUAUUUCAAACAAGGCAUUGUGUUGUUGGAAUUAAUACUUUUUUAUUAUAAUUAAAUAAAAACAAAAAAAGCCCACAUGUAAAUAAACAGAAGUAGAAGUUAGAGAUGAGCAGCUUUGCGAUUUACAAUAACAUCAUUUGUAAAGUGUUCCUAGUUUUACUUUCUGCGCUUUAAUAAGAUAAAUCUUCUUGUAUGAGCAAGAGACACUGUGCUUCCUUCAGAUCUGAUUUACACCAGUGUAACUCCAUUGGCUUCAUUGGACUUUCUCCCAAUUUACACUAGUGUAAGCAAGAUCAAAAUCAGGGCUAUUGCCUCUUCUCAUGCUUCGCAGCCCCUCUCCCCCACUCUACCAAACCUCCCCCUUUCUGCCUUUCACGCCUCUUUGAGUGUGAAAUGACAAAUUAGCCACUUCCUCACAUGGAAGAAAGCUUUGAUGGAUACUAAAUCGACAGACUUUACUUGUUUCUCAUGCAUUCUACAUGUCUUGAGAGCAAAGUCUGUGGGAACGCCAUGUAAUUGGUGUGCAAUUCAUUAAGGAACCAAGAACUUUGGCUCUGCAUGCUGGAGAUUAUCCCUAUCCGCUACCCAAUAUGUGUGUGCAUUCAGUUCCUGAUCAAUAAUUGUGUCCACACAAUCUGUGCCAUUGUACAUUUCCUUUCUGAUAAAUGAUACAAAUAUGGUGAUGUGUUUUUCAGAUUGUAGAAAGGAACCUCAGCUGACUCAAGUUUAUUGUAAAAAAAAUUAAAACUGAAUGUGCAUGUAUUGUAUAAAGACAGAUUUUAGAUUCUUUGUUUUUUUCAUUAAGAUACAUUAGUUAAUUAGAAGGCAUUAGGUAGUUUGUGUACAGUACUUUGAUAGUGUGCUCUGCAAGUGUUAAAUAUUAUGAAAGAUGAGAGGGGAGUUUCAUUGUACAGGACCUUUAAUCAAAGAGACUGAUGUCCUAGGCUCUUAUUAGUAAGGUUAGUCCUUACUACUCUGAGUAGCCUAUUAAUGUCUAUAGAACUUUUCACAGUAGUAACCAUUAUGCUCAGAAAUCAGCUUGUACAGCAAUAGGACCUUAGGCCAAGAUUUUCAAAAGUGACUAGUGAUUUUGACUGCCCUUAUGUUUGUUGCCCAAUUUGAGACUCCAGAAGGGAUGUUAUCCUGUAAAUAUGAGGCCCCUUUAAGAAAUCUCAAGUUGGACACCCAAAAAAUGAGACACUCAAAAUCUUGAAUCACUUUAGAAUUUUUUUUGCCUAAGGAUGACUGCAGUCACCAAACAGAACCCACCGAUGUAUUCCUUGUUGUAUUUUAUCAGUCCAGAGAGUACCAUCUCUCAGACUUGGUCCUCCGGGGAAUGAGUGGUGCCAUGCCAUGACUAAGCUAAGGUGCUAGCAUCAACCAUCUUAGGCCCAUGCUUACAUGUACUGACAAGGGGCCUGCUCCUUCUCCCACUGAAGUCAAUGGGCUCAGUAUUGUAAUUAUUGAUUACAGCACAAACCCUACUUACCUUCUUCAUGAAAGUAGAACCAUUGGACUCACUUCAGUGCCCCUACUCAAUGAGAUAAGGUGAGCAGGAUUUGGCUCUAAAUAAGCUGUUUGUGUUUGUUCAGUACUUUUUUCCAUCUUCCUUGAGAGCUGAACAGAACUGGUUUCCUUUAGGUUUAAAUAGCUUUGCAGAGCCUAGUGCUACAAUCCUCGCACAAAACUCCCCGUCAACUUCAACAGGAGUCCUGAGGGCCUAAGGGCUGCACCACUGGGACUGUGAGCAUUAAAAGAUUGAAUUAAACUUUACUACUCUUAAAUUCAAGGGGUUUUAUUUUCUUUUAAGUGUUCUUGUAAUAGGAUUCCUCUCAGAGGACUGACCUCAACUCUGCUGUGUGGAGUAGCAGAGUGAAGCCCCAAGCGAGGAAUGAGGCCAUUUCUAUCCUGAGGAAAUAAAUUCAAUAUCCUCCAAGUCAUUAUACCAUAUUGGAUUCAUACCACCCCAGGGAGGAGUAUUUAAUAAUAUUGUGCAGAUAAAAAUCUGUGGUUCAGUACAUUUUAUAAGCGAUGUAUGUUGAACUAGCACACUGCUUCUCAUACACAGCAGUAGAUGAUACACUGGUAAUGAUUCCAAGGGGCACUGGGGACCAGUAAAUUAGCUAGAUAGUCCAGGGAACACUGAGGGAGGGUAAGAAGGGAUUUCUUUAGACAGUUGUUUGUUAUUCAGUCAAAAACCAAGGUCAGGAGUAAGAGUAGUGGAUCCUUCUGUAAUUGUACAAUCCCAAAGACAGGCUCAAAGGAGAACAGAACGAGCUAACCCAGGAAUUUUAGCCACAAGAGCCAGACAAGAAAGGAUUCCCUUCCUGUAAAAAAAAUCAGUUAUAUAUAUUCAGUUAUAUAUUUUUA